AUGAAAGUGAUCAUUGUUGCUCUCGCCUUUGUGGCCAUUGUAGCCGCUCUUCCAGUGGACGAGAAGGAACCCCCUAAAAUUCUACGCUCUGAUUUUGAUCAAAAAGCCGAUGGUGGAUACCAUUUCGAUUUCGAAACUGAGAAUGGCAUCAUCCGUGAGGAAAUUGGUGAAGCGAAGGAGACUGUUGAUGAAGAAAACAAACCUCGCGUCGUUGUCGUGGUACGUGGCUCCUACAGUUACAAGGAUGUGGACGGCAAAGUGGAAAAUAUUAACUACUAUGCUGAUGAAAAUGGAUUCCGUGCGGAAGGUGACUCCAUCCCAAAACCCGUCUCCAGGAGAUAA